AACGAUAGUGUUGCGCAUGUGCAUCUAUCAAAAUAUAAACUUAAUAAUAAUAGCGAUAUAUAUAUAUAUAUAUAUGGAUAUAGAAAUUAAAUACAUACAUAUAUAUAUAUAUGUUGCGCAUUAUUGAUUUGAGUAUUUACGGAAUGAACGAUAAAUAUUUAAGAUAUGUAAGAGACGGCAAUAUUGAUCGAUUAAUUGGGUAAUCAGAAGAUAAGGAAGAAGAUAAAUCGACACAAAAGGAUAAAGGAAUCGAUCGAUUACGGUUUCUCGUUUGUAUAGCGGACAAUGAGAAAAUCGUGAUGAUAGGUAUAAUUAUACUGUAAUUAUAAGUGUCCCUGUUGAUCAGUGUCUAUUAAAAUUAGCCCAGUUAUAGUACAACGACCAUUCUCCGAUGAUUAUAUCAUCUCGAUGAAACAAACAACGUGUCUGUCAUAAAUCGAAGGUUCACGAAUAAUCAAUCGAUCAUUAGUUUAUCGGAGAAAAUUUCUCCGUGUAUUAGGAGGAAAAAAGAUGGAAGGAAAACGGAGAAUACUGGCACUGAUUGGAUUAAUAUUAUUUCUCAAAUGUACGGGUGGCGACAACAGGGAUAAUAACAAGGAACAUUUAUUCUCCCAUCAUCGACAGAAAAGAUUACUUUGGAUAACUAACGAUGGUCGAAUUGCAUUACCACCAGGCACGAUAAUGACGAUAACUCCAACGUUGGCAUUACCAUUCGUCAGAUAUCCUCCCUAUGGUUUUCUUAGCAACAUGACGAUCAGUCUUCCUUUUACUAUCGAUUUCGACAAACUUGGUUUAACCGACAAUGAAAAUCCUUAUGGCGUUUUACCAUCGGCGUUUGACACUACUGCGAGAGAGCAGGGAUCGAAUGCCGCGGAAUUUAUCGCGAUGUUCGUAAAACGUGGAAUCGGUAAGAGAGAGGCGAUCCCAGAUCUACCAAAAAAUAUACUUUAUGGAGGUGAAAGAGCUCUUUUGUAUGGCACCGCCGAGGAUAUGCUCGGAAAUUUUGGUUUAAAUGGGAAAGCUUGUUUAUUAAGGGCUAUAUGCGAAGUACAAGGACAUCCCUUGAAUAAUUUCGGUUUAAUCGGGGAAAUGCUCAAACUAUUUUUCACUGCUAGUAAAUCACCAUUUUCAAAUCUUUUGAAAGAAUAUGUUGAGGCUGAAAACAGAGGCAAGUUUCAUGGAGAGUGUUGGCCUUAUUUCAAAGAUUGUCCAAAAUCGUUAUUUCGUUCGUCAGAGAAUAAAUAUUUAAAAGAUGCCUUUCACGAAGACAUUGUAACUACCAAAGAAACAGAUGAGAUAAAACAAAAAAAUCGAUAUUUUCCUUCCACUUUGUCAAUGGACCGAAUGCGGAAAGAAAAUCAAUUUUCUGAAAAUAUUAAACACACGAUACGAUUAAUGUAAAUAAUAAAUCGUCUGA